AUGUCUGCGCAAGAGCCUGUGCCCCCCGUGCCGGCAGUCAGUCCUAGGCUGAGCGGGAGCUCCGAGUCUGAGUCUGGCCCAUUCGACGGUGGCGAGGCCGCCAACAGGAACAGUGUCGUGCCCCACCAGCGGCAGAACGAGAAAGAGCGCCUCUCGCAUGCAGAACUACUGGAGCCAGUGGAGAAAGAGUCGUACUACCCGUCCGGGGAGAGGAAGCGUUGCCGGUCAGCUUGCGUGGCGUGCAUGAAAAGGCGGGUCCGCUGCGUAAUGCUCAAGUGCGGCUCCUGCUCCAACUGCCUGGACCGCGGCAUUCCUUGCAUUCCGCGCGUGGGCCGCAAGCGCGGGCCGCCAGCACUGGAGGAGCGAAUGGAUCGCGCCAUCUCCUUUGCCCUCGCCUCGCAGCAUUAUGCAAUGCAGCCGCAGCAGCCCCCGCCGCCCCAGCCGUACGGGACCGCCAUCCACCUGCCACAGCUGCAGCAGCAGCUUUCCGCGGGACAAGCUGCUUACACGCCUGCGAUUCCAAUGACCCCCCACGGGCCGGUGCCGGUGCAGACGCAGCUGACCCCACAAAUGCAGAUGCUCAUGAACCCGCAAAUGCAGAUGCAGCAGUCGAUGCAGCAGAUGCAGCACGCCGCGCCCGGAGCAGCGGGAGCACCCAGCCUGCCGCAGAUGCAGAUGCAGCAGGCGGCCCAGCUCAUGUACCCUAUCCAGCACCCGGAGCACCAGCAGCAGCAGCACGCUUACCACCAGCAGCACGCACAGAUGCCAUCGCCACAGAUGGCAUCCCAGAUGCCGCCGCCGCUGCAUCAGACGGCAGUACACGCGCAGCAGCAACCGCAGCAGCAGCUGCCGCACAUGCCAAUGCAGGCUGGCCAGUACCACCACCAGCCGCCGCCGCCGCCGCCUGCGGACCAUUCGCAGGCCAUCAUGGAGCCCCAGGCGUCACCGCAGCAGCCGCCGCCACCGGGCGCGAGCCCGGCACAUGGGCCGGUCUCCCACCCGUGCAACCUCUCCACGGGCGACGAGAGGCUGCACUCAGAGGCCCAGUGGGCCGGAGCCGCGGCUCUGGUAUCUCUGUGA